CUGACAACUACAACAAUGGCGGUGUCCACAAGGGUGGAUUGUUCCUGUCACGGUGCGAGUUUGUCGUAAACUUUUCCGCAAACUCGUAUUCAGAAGCAGCCGCGGCGAAUGAGGCCAAGUGCGAACGCUUCCUCAGCCACGCCCACGAGCUCCUACACGCCAGACGUAAGAUGCCAAUCCGCGACUGCGUGAGAAUUCGCUGGAUGCUAGGCGCCGCGGUGCGACCGCACCACUGCGCGCUUCGCUUCUCGGCGACUUCGAGCACUUCCGCGUCGUCGCAACCAGCACUGGACGACGCUUUCGCACGUCCCAAGCUCCAGUCCUGCCUCGAGAGCAUCAAGAAGCUCAAACUGGGCACCGUGCAACCGGCGAGGCCGGACUCCGAAAUCCGGCGCUCCUCCAUUCUCAUCCCGCUGUGCACGAGCAAAGGAGGCAAGCCGUCCCUGCUGUUCACGCUGCGCUCGAACCGGCUGCCUCGCCACAGGGGUUACGUUUGCUUCCCGGGCGGCAUGGAACACGCCGAAGACAUCGACCCCGUGGACACGGCCCUGAGGGAGACGGAAGAAGAGCUGGGCGUGAGCAGGGGCAAGGUGGAGAUCUUCGGCACCUUCCCGACGUUCUACAACCCUCGCGACAAACUGUCCAUGACCGUCGUACUGGGAAUGCUGGGCGAAACUGGUCGGGACAUCGACCUCAAGGCCGACCUGAACGUUAACGACGCCGAGGUUCAGCUAGCGUUCGUGCGGACGCUUGAAGAGCUGUGCGACAAGUCGAACCUGCGCUACACGCAGUUCAGGAGUCGCCAUGGUGGUGGAGAUUAUUCGAUGCCCGUCUUUCUGGCGGGUCAGUUCAAGGUGUGGGGCCUUACGGCCAUGGUGCUGAACGCUUUCCUCAGAACGCUUCUGCCGGACGCUUACCAUCACGAAGUGAGGUGCUCGGUGCUCAAGAAAAGCUUGUACAUCAAGAAUUAAUCCUGCGAAGCGUUGUCGUUUCGUGGGAUGUUUCCUGUCCGCACAGAGAGGUGAUGUGAUAUUUAGUUUUCAAUAUGACGUUUAGUUUCGUUUGAUGUCAUCUCAGAACACCGGUGACGAAGAGAUACGCUUGAUGCAGUACGUGUUGAUGUUUGUAAUCUGUUCUUUGUGGCCUUACCAAUAAACGCUGCUACGCAUUG